AGGUAAUCACCUUGACAGGCUUGAGGCAGCUUUUGCAGCGCGCAGAUCGCGAGGACACCUAUUAGUUUGUAAAGAGGUGCACCAGUUGGAACUCGGUGGGGAGGAGCGGCCGCUUAGCGAGCUCUGGGCACAGGUUGGACGUGCUUUGAUCAUCUGGGAUGCACCUGCUGAGGGAAGACGGUCGAGCUGGCCAUUGAGCAACUAUACCUAACGUUUUCUGGUAGCUGGAGAAGAAAGGAUUGAGCGCACGCUGUGAUCAGAUCCUUGGCAAAAUGGGUUUGUCAUGGAGAGUGGGGGUUGUGCUUCUGCUGUCAUGGCUGGCCUGCUCAAUGGCCGAGAUCUCACACACGCAUGUAGAGAGGGAUCCGAGGCCAAUUAUCCUCUUCGAAACGUUUGGCUUUGAUAGCACGGGCCACAUCGACAUGAACGUCUCAGAUGACAUGGUGUAUAUCCCAAAGGGCGCCCCUGACGCAGACCAGAGCGUGAUGGGAUUCUUCAUUACGACCGCAGAGGCCGAGACGCAGCUGCAGAUUGAGCUGCGGAACGGGGGUUGCGUCUUGGAUAAUCCCAACAUCCAUAAGCUGUUCACUCUGGCGGAUGUGGAAACCGGGAAAAACCGCGACACGGGCGUCUACACGCACUACUACGACGUGCCUGAUGCGAGGGAGUACUCCAUGUUCUUCGCCAACUGCCAGCCGAACUCUGUCGUGUCAAUGAAGGUCCGGCUGGCGUUUUACAACAUUGAGCCCGGCGGCAAGAAGGAUUACUUACCUGCCGGCAAGACGCAGCUCCCCAAGCUCUUCUUUCUCUGCUUCCUGAUCUAUGCAAUCGCAGCAGGAGUUUGGAUCUAUAUCUGCUACCGGGCAAAGGCGACAGUUCACAAGAUUCACUGGUUGAUGGGGGGCCUUGUGUUCCUGAAAGCCCUCACCUGCCUGACGCAAGCUGGCAUGUAUUCGUGGAUCAAGAGCACGGGCCAGCCAGAUGGAUGGAACAUCGCAUUCUACGUGUUCAGCUUCUUCAGGGGUAUCAUGUUGUUUGUCGUCAUCGUACUGAUCGGAACCGGGUGGUCGUUCCUCAAGCCCUUCUUGCAAGACAAGGAGAAGAAGGUCAUGAUGAUCGUCAUCCCCCUACAGGUGCUCGCCAACAUCGCCGUCGUGAUCCUGGACGAGACGGGCCCGUCGAAUCGCGAGUGGUUCACAUGGCGCGAUAUCCUGCACCUCGUCGACAUCGUGUGCUGCUGCGCGAUCCUGUUCCCGAUCGUCUGGUCGAUCAAGCACCUGCGCGAGGCCGCGAGCACCGACGGCAAGGCCGCGCGCAACCUGAUCAAGCUCACGCUCUUCCGGCAGUUCUACGUCAUGGUCGUGAGCUACAUCUACUUCACGCGCAUCGUGGUGUACCUGCUCAAGAGCACGACGCCGUACCACUACGCGUGGACGGCGGACCUCGCGGACCAAGCGGCCGCGCUGCUCUUCUACGUGCUCACUGGGUACAAGUUCCGGCCGGUAGAGCAGAACCCGUACUUUGUGUUAGAUGACGAGGAGGAGGAGGCCGCCCGGGAGGCGCUCCGAGACGAGGAGUUCGAUUUGUAGGUUAUAAGUUAGUCUAGUAGGCCAGACUGCAUUGAUGGUCGCUGUGGGUUUGCGUUAUCUUCCGUGUGCGAGCAGGGUCGCCCAACAACGCUAGGUGACUUUGCAUAUCCAUCCCAUGUUCUUGCAUCGGGCAAGCUGAUGCGAGGAGGUGGCCUGUACUGUACUGAAACUGGAUUGCGGACUGUUGUACCCAGCUGUUGUGGGGUGAUAUCAAUGUAUUACGUUGAAUUUCACCGUGAGAGGAAUAUGUGUUGCAUGAACAAUCGAGUUGAGCCGCG